AAGGGAAGAGUAGUAGAAGAGAGAGUGGUGGCGGCGUUUCUGUCUGAACAAUGGCCACUCUUCCGCUCCUCCGCCCAAGCUGCUUCCUUCCCACUCCAACCCUAAAACCCUCACUUCCCAGACACAAACCCUUUCUCCCUCUCAAACUCAAACCCAAAAACGGCGCCGUCGGGGCGCGCUUGUCGAACACCUCUUCUCCGCCGCCGACGGAGCGCCUCAUCUCCAUCGCCGCCUACACCCUCCCGUUCUUCAACUCCCUCCAGUACGGCCGUUACCUCCUGGCGCAGUACCCUAAGCUCGCCGUCCUCUUCGAUCCCAUCGUCCCCUUCCUCGCCUUCUACAGAUCCGUCCCCUACGCCUCCUUCGUCGCUUUCUUCGCCCUCUACCUCGGCGUCGUGCGAAACCCUACCUUCCCCCGCUACGUCAGGUUCAACGCCAUGCAAGCCGUCACCCUCGACGUUCUCCUCGUUAUUCCUCACCUCAUCGCGCGAAUCUUCUCCCCUGGUCGAGGCCCUCUCAUGGUUUGGUCCAGCAACGCCAUUUUCGUCUUCAGCAUUCUCUGCUUCCUCUACGGCGUCGCUUCCUGUGUCUUGGGACGCACGCCGUAUUUGCCCUUUGUCGCCGACGCUGCUUCCAGGCAAAUCUGAUUUUAUUUGGGCUUCUGCAAUUGCUUUUCUUUCUGCUUUCUUCCUUGUAUUUAAUCCCCUGUCGAAUCUUUCUGCAUUUUUGUAUCAUAAUUCUGCGAACAAUUGAUUCAAUCAACCGACAAGUUAAUUAACUCUGUUUGUUCUUUCGCUAA